AUGCCUUCUUCCCUAGCGAGCAGCUGGAUGCUCGCCACCUGCCUCGGGGCCACGAUGGCACACGCAUCAGGCGUGCUCGAGACAGACCUCCUCUUCCCCCGCAACAAGACCUAUGCGCCCACCGAAUGGUUCCCCGUAGUCUUCGGGGUCCAGAACCCCGAGCUCGCGCCACACGUCGACCUGGACAUCUCGUUCACAAUCCAGAACGCGAACAACAUGAGCGACAUCAUCAACAACACCAACAAAAACCCUUACUACUUCUACGCCUACUUUUCCGACUUCCGCACCCGCGGCCGCUGGCGUGUCGCCUGGAACGUCCACUGGAAGAGCUGCAACGAGUUUGCCCUCUUCAACACCAGCAUGCUCCCGCGCGCGAGGAUGAUUACCAACUUCACGGGCUGGUCGACCUGGUUCACGAUCGAGGAAGACGGGGCACCAGCCGAUAUCGUCGCGGACACGGCGAGGGACUCCUGCCCCGACGAAUUCGCCGUCCCCAUCAUUGUGACUAACCACACCAUUCGGGUCCCCGCGGGUGGAAUGAUCUAA